AUGACGCUUAGCAGCAUGUUCGUCGCCAUCACCCUCAACCUUUUAUCGACUCUCUGCCAAAAGACCAUAGGCCGCUUGAUUCCCAUCAACAUAGACCGUUUCCCUAUGUUUCAUCAACGGAGAGUAAUGGACGACCCACAGGACGGGGAAGACCCACAGGAAUGGGUUGACACACUGGACUGGGAUAUCCCAUACAUCACAAACCCUUCUCUAUCGGCAACGGACCGGACCGUCUUCCACAACCAGGGAUGCACAGUCUUUGGCUACCCCUCCACUGGCGGGGUUCUUAUUAAAGAGGCUGAUCUUGUCGAUAUGCUUUUCCUAUCGCUCCCGCGCUCUCAUGCAUCGCAGUGCUCACCCAGUGCCGACGAAGAAGAUAGGUUCUGUAAUCUUAUGCGACGGACUGGUGCGACACUCUGGCCAAAUAAACAGAAUUGGCGCCAAGUAGAGACGGGUUUUAGAAAGAGAACGAAGGAACAAGCGAAGGUGAUGGUGUACGGUUGGCCGACGGAUGGAGGUGUGUGGGUACUAAGAUUUGAAAGUUCCGAGGAACUGCCACAUGAUUUUGGGAGAAUAGGUUUUGCGAUGAAUAUGGGGGAGAAGAUACAGAUAAUGAGAGAGUAUGGAGCGACUGCCGUGGGAGGCUCGGGCGACCUGGAGACGGAGUUGUCGCAGCCCAUAGCAUCUUUGAUGAAGGUUUGGAGUUGCAUUCUGGUCUUACAUGAUUUAGGUCCGGUUUGGUCUCGUCAUGAAAUCAGUAACCACAUCAAACCUGUCUUAAGCGGAUCAUAUUCUUCAUGA